AUGGCUGACACUUCAGGACCAGUGGCUGCAAAGUGAUAUUUGAUAAAAAUCUGCAGAAAUUCCAUAUAGAUGACAUGUCACUACCCAGAUCUGGGUAGUGCUUCUUAUUUGGUUGAAAGUGUGCUUCAUCCAAUCAGUACUCCCCACAAUUGCAGAUCAUUGCAUUGCAUUGCAAAAUGUUGGCUGUCUUCUCAGACUAUCAAAUAAAUAUAUUAAGAGAGGUCUUUAAACACAGCCAAAGAAAUUCAAUAUUGAAAAAGAUGGCUGACAGGCAUCAAAAUCGUCAACUAUAAUGCUGCGUUUCUUAGGCUAUGUAUUUGACAGCUCUCUGAAUUUAAAGUUCUUUUAUGUCGCUUUACAGAAGGUGAGACUGUUGUGCAAUUGAUCCAAAAUACGAAUAUUUUUAAAAUGAAAGGCAUUUUUUCUUUUUAGUCUCAUAGAAAGUACAGAGCACCACGACACGGCUCUCUGGGUUUCUUGCCCCGUAAGAGGUGCAAGCACCACAAUGGUAGAAUAAAAUCCUUCCCCAAAGAUGACCCAACUCUUCCUCCUCAUUUGACGGCAUUUGUGGGUUUUAAGGCUGGUAUGACCCACAUUGUGAGAGAAGUCGAAAAACCAGGAUCAAGUAUGUAUCAGCUAAAUAGAUUGUGUUGAUCUUUGUAGGCUUAUGUCUAACUAUGAGUUCCUUGGAACAACACUGUAUAGCACCAAGUGAAUUUAGAAAGCUUUGCAAAUGAGCGAAAGUUGCACUUGAUAGUGGGAUAGAGAACAGGCUGUCAUUUUAAUUGAAGUUCGGACAUGGUAACCAAGCAGAAAAUGAUAAUCAAGUCAUGAGUGACCCAGUUAUUCUCAUCAAGUACUACAGUGCAUUUUGAAAUGGAAUAAUUGCCCAACCAUUGACCUAUUUAUAUACAAAUACCCUUUCACUGAAAUAAAAUUAAUCUGUGUAGAGGACAGAAUGACAUUCCACAAGUGAUGACCGAACUAUUUUAAAAGUUGGAUUGUAAUAUAAAAGAAUGUUUUAUUGAUGUGUCCCAAAUUGGUUUGGAUAGCAAAUCACUUAACUUAGCUAAUGACAAAAGGAGUAAGCAAACAAGAAAUUAAAAUUUAAUUACCUCUUGCUCAACAGAGAUUCACAAAAAGGAAGUGGUGGAAGCUGUAACAAUCAUUGAAACACCACCUAUGAUGGUUGUUGGUGUUGUGGGGUAUAUUGAAACCCCACGAGGCCUACGUGUCCUCAAGACUGUCUGGGCUGAACAUCUUAGUGAAGAGUGCAAGCGCCGCUUUUACAAAAACUGGUAUGUUUUGAUUUGUUAUUUAAACCUAUUUUCCCUUAAUUCCAUUUUACCAGAAUUACAGCAGCAAACAAAUCAAUGUUUCAAUAAAUUCAAGGUCAGACUCUUAUAUGUAGGUAAAUUAUUGUACCACACUUUGCUGUGUAAUCAGAGUGUGGUAUCAGAAAAAAGUGGUAAAUCCUCCUGCAAAUUGAGCCCUUUCACUCCUAUUGGUGGCCAAAGAAAAAAUUAAGAAUUGUUGGAAUGUGUUUUGAGUGCUAUGAAAAAGUUCAGUUAAAGAGGUUAUAUUGAGUUGCAAUCCAGUUGUGACAGGGCUUAGUCAUUGAGGCUUGCAAGAAUAUUCUUUUAAGAGUUAAGAUGACUUUUUUUAGUUACAGAACCUGUGUAUCACUAAGAAACUGCUUUUCAAUAAAAUAAGUUAAACUGGCAGUAAAGUAUUGUUCAAAUUACUCCUGUUAUUACCUUUUUGUGAUUGAUGUGUUGUGUGGUGCAGUUCUAACCAGUGUUGCCCACAUGAUAGUGCCUAUUCUCCGCUCGGCUUGUCUUUGCCGAUGAGAACUGGCUCCCCUAUUCUCUCUUCUGUUUCAUCAACCAUGCAAAUGCUGGUUUGUACAUAAAGGUGCAAGUCUAAGAAGAAGGCCUUCUCUAAAGCUUCCAAGCGAUGGGCAGAUGAGGAUGGCAAGAGACAAAUUGAGAAUGACUUCAACACAAUGAAGAAGUACUGCAAGGUUAUCCGAGUCAUUUGCCACACACAGGUAAGACAUGACAGAAGUCAUGGUUCUGUUAAAGAUAGCAAUCUACUUGUAAGAUUAACAGUCCACAUACUUAAAGAUAUCCACAGGCAGCCUCUCCACAGGGCUCUGUAGGUACCCCAUAGGGAUCACGUUUAGGCGAUCGCAUUGUUUUGACAAGCUAGCCCUGCCUUAGUGAUCUCUUCUUAGCCUUGAUGUCAGUGAUCUCUGUAGAAAAUGUGGUUCUUAAUACCUUAUUAGUACUUAAUUUUCACUUCUACUUGAUAAUUCCGCAAUUUUGGAGGGUCAGUAUUUUGCGUGGCUUUAUUUUCACGAUGUAAAUUGGCAGAUAUAAAAAAAGAGCAAUACAUUUCUCAAUUCAAUUGUUUUUAACUUCUUUUUUCAGUGGAACCCCAUUAAUACGGUCACCAUUAUUGGCCGUAUUAAAUGUAUAGCCAUUUUGCCAGAUGGCCAAAAUAAAGUGGCCAUAAUAACGAAGUGACCAUAUUUGGAACUUUUUAAAAUUUGUGGAUAAACUGAAACAACCAGAUGAAGAUGAAUGCUAGAUUGUCUACUCUUUUUGUGAAAUUUUUGCACAUCAACCUUUUUCUACAAAAGAAGAUACAAAAUGAGACUCAUCAGUUAUAUUAUUCAUCUACCAGUCAAUAGUUGGGAUUUGUGGAUAUUAUCUAUCCUGUGUAUGUUAUUUUUUUUAUUGAAUUUGAAUUUUAGGCUCAUUGACUUUUGCAUGUUUAAAUUUCACAAGGAUUUUUAUUUUGGGGUUUAAGUACCAAUAGGGUAUGCAGUGGUUGAGGAACUUCCUUUUUUAGUCUAUCUUGUUUAGUGCUCUAUGUUUGACCAAAGUAUUAAAAGCUACAACAAAUACCUGAGGUCUCUAUUAGCAUGAUAAUACUUUUUUCCCUAUUUAUAGCAAAAACUUGUGAAACUUGGUCAGAAGAAGGCCAUCAUAAAGGAGAUUCAAGUCAAUGGUGGCAAGGAUGUUGCAGAAAAAGUUGACUGGGCUCGUGAGCGCCUUGAAAACCCUGCACCUGUGCGCAAGGUCUUUGCAAAGGAUGAGAUGAUUGAUGUGAUUGGUGUAUCUAAGGGUCAUGGGUUCAAGGGUGUGACAUACCGUUGGGGUACCAAGAAGCUGCCACGCAAGACCCACAAGGGUCUGCGCAAGGUUGCUUGUAUUGGUGCAUGGCAUCCCGCUCGUGUUUCAUAUUCUGUUGCCCGUGCUGGUCAGUUUGGGUAUCACCACCGCACUGAAAUCAACAAGAAAAUCUACCGCAUUGGUCGUGGCAUCCAUACCAAAGAUGGCAAAGUUAUCAAGAACAAUGCCAGCACAGAGUAUGAUCUAACAGACAAGUCCAUUACUCCAAUGGUGAGUUUUAAUAUUAUUUUUGUAAACUUAAGGUUGACAAAUCUACUGUGUAGGAUGCCUUGGUAAGAUUCAUGCAGCAUAUUAUAGUGGAGACAGGUUGUCUCACAAAAAUUGGCAAACCUUGCAGAACAUCUCCUGUCCUCGUGCAAAUUUGGGUGAAGUGAGCAUUUUUUAAGGUGGUCCUUCAGGGUUGUAUUUUGUUUAUUCAGAUCAUGUGUUGAACUCAAUAAUCCCUUAUUUACUUUAAUUUUUAGGGUUCCUUCCCUCACUAUGGUGAAGUAAAUGAAGACUUUGUCAUGCUCAAGGGUUGUACUGUGGGCAAAGUGAAGCGCGUACUGACUCUUCGCAAGGUAAUGGUUCAGUUAUUGUAAAUAUUGACAAACCUUGUAUUCUUAUGUUAAGAACCUUACUGUUAAUGCAGUCUUUCUGUUGAUGAGAAUUAGCAUUAUUAUCAUUAUUAUUUUUGUGAUCAAGGAAUGUAUGAAUUUCAUUUAUUGGAACUGCAGGAUGAAGAAAAUAAAUGUAAAGAACAUCAAAGCAGUCUUUUCACCCUGUAGUUAUUGAAAUUCGUAUAAAAAAUUAUUCAUUAUCACCAGGUAAUCUUUGUCUCUCCAACGUAUAUUACAAACCAAAUGAAUAUACAGUGUAGGUGGCUUGCUAGCUCAGUUGGUUAGAGCAGUGCGCUGGUAUCACGGAGGUUAGGGUACGAAUCCCAGGAAGCCAGAAUUUUUUUAGGGGAUUCGAAUCAAUUGGAAACGGACAAAUAUUAUUAAUGAAUAAUAUUAUUGUUAUUACUGAUUUAAUUUUUUGAUCUUUGGGAUGACGUUUGUUUGUAUUUAAACUGUGGUGUUCUUAGUAUUUCUACAUUUGUACAUUAUUGGUUCAAUUUUAUCAAGUCCAACAAAUUUAAAGCCCUCACAAUUGAUUGUAUGUUAUCUUCCACAGUCACUUCUUGUUCAAACAAGCCGUGUUGCCCAGGAGAAGAUUGAACUCAAGUUCAUUGACACUUCAUCCAAGUUUGGUCAUGGUCGCUUCCAGCAUCCGGCCGAGAAGAGGGCUUUCAUGGGUCUCCUCAAAAAGGAGCGUGAGAGGGAGCUAACUGCUGGUGCAGAAUAAACUUGAUUAUGAGAUCAAUAAAGUUAUUCUGAAUUUACGAAAUGACGUUCUUGGAAGCUACAUUGUCAUGCGUUAAACUAACGGUGCUUACUACAGUCGCCUCCCGAUAACUCGAACCUUCAAGGGAAAUCGAAAAAAGUUCGAGUCAGGGGGAGUUCGAGUUAUCCAGGGUUCGAGUUACCGAGGGUAAAAUUACAGUGACUGUAUGACGGAAAUCCAGGGGAAAUCGAUUUUUGUUUGAGUUAGGGCGAGGUUCGAGUAAGCGGGGAUUCGAGUUAUCGGGAGUCGACUGUAUUUGUCAGAACUGGCAGGCCAGACCAGUCCAAUAGUUAGGAGAAUGCCACUAUCAAUCAGGACUUUUGGCUAUCCAGCCAGAUCAAUUAAUUCCUAAAUGGUACGCACUGCAGUGAUGGGUUUUGGUAAUAAUUUCAAGAAAAGACUAAUAUUCAGUUUCAUCUUUAAACUGGCUUGUCCGUUUAGCUAUUUCUAAAUUUUGGUAAGCGCUUAAGUCCUCCACAGCAAAUUUGAGAUUGGUAUAAACAAAAGCAGAAAUACCCAACCCAAGAGAUUAGGGUAAAAUGAACACGUGUCGUAUGUGCCCUCAAGUGUGGAUGGUUACUUGAUGUUGCGGUGGGGUGCAGUGACCAAUUGACCUAAUAUUGAAAAGACAUUGAACAGAACCAACACCACAUCACAAAAGGGAACCAACAAUAGUUUCGCAACACCAAGAAACACCUCAAUUGUGCUUUAUCGCGAGGUAAGAAACUGUCUUUGUCUAG